GUCUAUUACAUGCGUGUAAUCGUACACUACACUGGUGGAAAAAUGGCAGCUGACGAAUAGAAAACUAUUGGGAUUUCCAGUCGAUCUGGUGAGAAAGAGGACAGAACUGUAUCACGAGGUGUCCUGGGUCCAACGGCAGAUUUGAACAGCCCCUCUGGUGAUUGAUCACCAUGGGGAAAACUCCUUUGAAAGAUCCGAAAGAUGGCAAAAAAGAGAAAAUUGGAAGGACCGGCCCAGUUACAGAAGCUUUCUGCUGGGAAGAAUAUUUGAAGGAGACGUCUUCUACUCCAGCUCCACCCAACUGUUUUCGUCAGGCUCGAGUUCCUCCCACCAACGACUUCAAAGUCGGAAUGAAGCUAGAAGCCUAUGACCCCCGGAACUCCACGUCAGUAUGUAUCGCCACAGUGAUGGGGUUGACGGGGGUCCGCCUGCGCCUGCGUCUGGACGGAAGUGACAGCAGCAAUGACUUCUGGAGACUGGUAGACUCCUCUGAUAUUCAACCCAUUGGCACGUGUGAGAAGAAUGGAGACAUGCUACAGCCUCCCUUGGGAUUUCGGAUGAAUGCCUCCUCAUGGCCCAUGUUUUUGUUGAGAACCCUAAACGGAGCAGAAAUGGCGCCAGGAUCAGCGUUCAAAAAAGAACCACCAAGGCCACCGCAGAACAUCUUUAAAUCCGGUAUGAAGCUGGAAGCCGUGGAUAAAAAGAACCCAUACCUGAUCUGCCCGGCCACCAUCGGGGAGGUCAAAGGAGACGAAGUCUUCAUCAUGUUCGACGGCUGGCGUGGGGCGUUUGAUUACUGGUGCAAGUACGAUUCCCGGGACAUCUUCCCUGUGGGCUGGUGCUCACUCACUAAGCACAGUCUGCAGCCCCCAGGAAACAGUGCAAACCUGCCUAAAAACCCACCACCACUCUCAGCAUCACCUUCCAAGCCCAGCCGUCGCUCCUUGCAGCCUCCCUUCAGACUUCCGAAUCCUCUGCCACGACUUCCUGUCAGAAAGGGUGUCCGAGGUCGACGGCCUAAGAGUGAGACCAUGGCUCUUCUCAAAGCUGUUGCAGAAGCGGCUGCAAGCCAAAACAAGCAUGUUUCUCAAAACACAGCCCUCACACUUCAGCCUCACAAGAAGAGAGGCCCCAAACCAGGGAGCAAGAGAAAGACGAGCAGUCUUCAAACAUCAUCCCAUCUUUCCAGCAUCAAGGUCCCUCUUGAUAAAUCCUCCAGUCUGAACUCAGUGGUCUCCACCGUGUGUGUGUAUGUGAAUAAACAUGGAAACUGCGGCCCACACUUGGACAGGAAGCAAAUGCAGCACCUGCCAGACCACUUUGGACCAGGGCCAGUGAACACUGUGCUCCAGCAGGUGGUGCAAUCCUGCAUAGACUGUGCUUACCAGCCUAAAGUUCUGCUUGGUGCUCUGCAGACUCAUUCCGGGGGAGGAGAAGUAGUCAGAGUGAGAACAGACGGAGGUGUUCGUACGGUCAAACUUCCAUCUGGCUCCAGUGCUUCCUUCGUGUUGCGAUUUUUAGAGACGAUGUGCCGUCACCUGCAGUGUGACAACCUUUUUAGCAGCCAACCUUUCAGCCACUACGCUGCCUAUGACAGGACCAAAUCAGUGAAGGAAGAGGCCGUGGACACUCCGUCAUUAGCGCGGGGGAGUAAACGAAGUCUCUCUGGCGUGUCGCCCUCGUACGCAGCACCACUGUCUCCGAAACACUUGCGAACUGAAGCCCACCCUUCAGAAGCUGAGACGAUGCCUCAUGAGGACGGCGGGCACAUGAAGGAACAGCGCUACAUGGACUCCGUGUCUAACUCCAUGACCCCUCGUCCGCCCGUACGCUGUGCCUCAGAGUACCAAGCACAGGGCAGUUUUCAUCCCACCAGCGGAACAACAGUCCGACGUGUCUCCUCCAACCCUGCAGAUAUCAGCUGCACACAGCCACUCAGACGAGCAGAAGCCAGUUCCACCACUGGUCCAGAGGCUGCAGGCUCCGAGCGGGAGGGUCACCCCAGCAAAAACCCAUCCUCCUGGUCUAUUGACGAGGUGAUGCAGUUUGUGAGAGACGCAGACCCAACUGCAUUAGCUCCUCAUGCAGAGCUCUUUAGGAAACAUGAAAUCGACGGCAAAGCUCUGAUGCUGCUGCGGAGCGACAUGAUCAUGAAGUAUAUGGGACUGAAGUUGGGCCCGGCGCUGAAGCUGUGCCACCACAUCGAGAGGCUGAAACAAGGCAAACUAUGAAAGCAGCACAGCUCAAACCCCGGACGGACUGAGAGGACACAAGGGACUCGAAACACUUGACCUUGUGCUGGCAAUUUGUUACCUCACCCGUCAUCUGUUCACAUUGUUCCACACAGACGCUCCGAUGCUAAACAACAAUGAUCCCUGAAGUGUUUACAUUGCACACGUGCACACUGGUGUUCUCUGCACAGCUGGAGUCUUUUGAUCCUGGUUUUGGAUCCCCAAAGAUGGAGAAUGUUUCUUCAUGAUGUUUUUAUGAAUCUUGGAUUUCCAGUUCAAAAGGAAAGUUUGCAAAACUCUCGACAUGUUCUUCCGCACGCUCUCUCUGAGAACUACGAAGGCUCCUGUCUGCUGAUUCACGUGUUUGCCUAACAAGGGAACCGCUGCCUGCCCGAAGAAUGUCUGGUGAUGCAUUCCACUGCUGACCCCCGCUAACUGGACACAGACGACUCCUGUUCAUAUUUAAAUUAAAUAUGUUCAAUUCCAGCGUUUACCAUCACGUGAUCCCAGGAACAGGCAGAAUAUGACGUCUGACUUUGUGUUAAAGACCGCUGGCAGUAUAACAGCACUCAGAAGUUGCACCCCGCCCACCGGUCACUUUACCAGUAACUGAUAGCGAACGCUAGUUCUUUGUUUUACCACACCACCCCUGCUGACUGAAGAACAGCACUUUACAGGAGGAUGUUUCUCCUGACUGCCUGGUUGACGUACACUUACCACAUUAGCGAACAAAAUCCAUCAUUUCAAUAAGUUAGGUGACAUUGAAUCACCAAGAAUGUUUAUCGCUCAGCUCCAACACUUUAAUGUGUAAAUGUGACACUUCUAAGGGCUUUUCCAUGUUCCCGCUUCCACGUCGACAGUUUUGACCGUUACAAUCACUGUUAGCAAAGACGUGUACAGUUCUAUGGGUUUAACCAUAUCAGUGACAGAAUGUAGAUUUUGUAUAAAAAUGUAUCAUUUUGAAAAGGUCAUAUCAGUAAAGGUGACAGGGAUGUUCAAUGGGAAGUUCACAGCUUGUACUGUUCUUUUUUUUAAAUAUUUUACGCUCUAGUGAAUAGACUGCCUUGCUCGACCUACAUUUCUCAGGAUAACGUGAAUUUUGUUAGUAUGAACUUUUGUAGCAUCCUGUUUAUAUGAUACACUCAACCGUUUCCUGUUGCUUCUGUUCCUGACUUUACGAAGAUUUGUGUGCCAUAACCAGGAAUGAAGCGCUGUUGAACCCCUUUUUGACUACUUGAAAGAUUCAUCAUUGUUCAUGUCACACCAGAUAAUGUGUUUAUGAUGUGCAUUUCCCUUUGUUGGAUAAAACCUAA